CUCCUCGACUUGAUCAGCUAAACCUUGCUGGCAGCACGAGAGCAGAGUUAUGACUACGGCUUUUUUGAGAAAUACUGCAACCUGGAAUAUCAUGCCUAGCAUUUAAAGUUCUGAAGAGCUUUGACGGAAUUAGAGAGCACAAUGGGAAAUACUGUGAAAACGCCAAGAGCCUCCAACGAAACAAAUUUGCCGAGCCAAAUGGGUCAGGAGAGCGAUUUCCUUGCUGUCCUCUAUGACUAUCCUUCAGCAGACAUCAGCCAACCUAUAUUUCAUGUAGGGGAAAAACUACGUGUGCUAUCAGAUGAAGGAGGCUGGUGGAGAGUCCAUUCCCUUACAACAGGUCGAGAAAACUACAUUCCAGGAAAAUAUGUAGCCAAGGUUUACCACGGCUGGUUAUUUGAAGGGCUGGGAAGAGAAAAAGCAGAAGAACUUCUACAGCUACCCAACACCAAGGUCGGCUCCUUCAUGAUCAGAGAGAGUGAGACUAGGAAAGGGUUAUAUUCUUUGUCGGUGCGGCACAGGCAAGUGAAACAUUACAGGAUCUUCCGCCUUCCAAACAACUGGUAUUACAUCUCUCCACGGCAAACCUUUCAGUGCCUUGAAGACCUUGUGAAUCACUACUCAGAAGUUGCUGAUGGUCUCUGCUGUGUCCUUACAACACCUUGUCUUACCCAGUGCACUAACAACAACAGCGUGAUGAAUCAAGAUCCUCCUGUGGUGAUGCGCAAUAAAAACUUCAACUGGAGAAGUUUUCACAGGCUGGAGGCGACUGAAGAUACUGAAACCACCCUGGCAGCAAUGGAUGAUUCUUGUCUCAGCUAUGGCCUGAGGGAAAGUAUCGCCUCCUACCUCUCCUUAACAGGGGAUGACAACGCUUCUUUUGCAAGAACCAGAAAGAAGAAAGCCCAAUCUCUUAUAUAUACAGGGAGCAAACAUAAGAGUACCCUUCACUUGCCACCUACAUACUAUGAAGAUUAAACGUAAGACAACCAUGGGGGAAAAAAACUGAGGGGUUAGAAGAGAAACCCAGAGCAU